AUAUUAUGAUUUAAAAUACAAAACAUAAGUUCUGAUUACAGAGCUACACACAUAGGAUGAGACAUUAAAGCCGGUUCCUCAUACAACCCUGGAUAAUAAUUAUAAAAAACUUGAAGCGUAAAUAAAAUAAAUUAUUUGAUUUAAAAUUGAAAAAAAAACUGAACUAAAAACUUAAAUCAAGUUAAAAUAUAUCAGCAAACGCUGAUAAGUUUUGAUUUCUAUUUUUAGUGUAAACUUUUUAAAGAUAUAAAAAGAAAUCCAAAAUAAGCAAAGAAUACUCGAAUCAGUGCUUGACAUUAAGUCACCCGUAACACUGUUACCACUAUUACCUCUAAACUUUCCUAUUAGAAAGUUAGCAAUAAGAAUUAAUCAAGUAUUUAUAGAGUUUGAAAUGUUUUCAACAAAACGUUACUAAAUCUUCGGUCGGUGUGUACUGAAAAUUACUUCAGAACGCACCGAAAGCUUAUUUGCUCACUAUGCAUUUGUAACAGUGUUCCAAAGGUUGAAAGCUUACACGCAAAAAUCAAUAAAAACGAAAUUUUGUAUAUUAGUCUACACUACAGUUGUCUAGGAUAAGCUAAUAGAUCAAUUGUCAUUUUAUUGCAAUAUAACACGAUAUUUGUAUUGCAGUACGGUACAAGGCUUUCAGGUCGAUUCGAAACUCCUUUUAAGCAAAAAUUUUAGCUUUUAAAUGGUGAUUUUUAAUAGUUAAAAGUUUUUCAUCGUUCUUUAAAAACUAAUUUUUUGGCAAGUCGCUGAGCGCACAAUUAAUCAGCAUUGACGAAUUAUAACUUAUCCUUUUGGCAAUGUAAGUUGCCAAAAUAAAAAUUAGCCCGAAUGGAGCAUUCGGGCUAAUUGUUAUGCCGUUUAUUGAAUAAAAACAAACCAGGAUAAGCCAAAUGAAAUAUAUUGAAAACUAUGUAUGUUUUUAUUUAACAGCUGUUUUUAGAAGCUAUGAGUCAUGUUGCACUGUAUGCAAGUGUAACUAGGCCUCUCUGUGUCAUACCGGUGACACUGCUUGGAUUGAACUACUGCCUGAAUGGCCUAGCUCCACUCUCUUCACAGGUGUACAUCAUAGAGAUAGAUAGAAAAAGAUCCAAAUCUGUUCAAUCAUCGGUUGAUAUUAUCAAGAAUUCUCUACCUCUUGGUUCUUUAACCAAGCCUGAGGAGAAUAUUGUAUGUUCUGGCAAGGAUGAGGUAGUCUUGAAGCAUUCUAAAUCUACAGAGGGAGUUCCAGAUGAGUCCAAUCAUAAUAAGAAAAGCAGAUCUGGACGAUCUACCCGUGGAUUAUCAUUGCCAAGUGAACUGGAUUAUUUGACACUGCACCAGGAUCUGGAUGCCGCCAUAUUGGAAAUCGACAAAAUGUGUGUUUUGUCUGAUUCCAGUUCAGAGGACGAGGAGGAAGAGAUCGAGGAAAAUAAGAAUCAUGAACCACUUGGAGACAGAGAACAAGGUGCACUGAUGCUCUAUAGAUAUGGUGUAGG